AUGAUCCGGACUUCUUCCUGGCUGGUGGACAGCGGCGCAUCUUCCCAUAUAUGCUCCGAUCGCUCGUUGUUUUCAUCUCUCCAGCAGCCAACUGAUGAUAUUAUCGUUCGUUUUGGUGGUGGAGAAACUUACAAAGUCUUGGGAGUCGGCAAGGUGGUGGCUACUCUUCGCUCACAAACCUCGGAGACCACCAUCCAGCUAGACAACGUUCUGUUUCUCCCUUCAUCGGUUCACAACCUCCUCUCAGUUCGUGCACUUGGAGCUGCCGGCAUUGCCGUUUCCUUCCCCACUGCAGGGCGGGUUGAGCUCAACACUGAUGCGGCUCAUAUCGGCGAGGGCUUUACCCGCAACAAUCUGUUUUAUCUUCAGCUGCAUCAUGGGAGCAGUGCCGCCCCCCCCAUCAACCCCACGGCAUGUCCAGUCUCCACCACCACCUCCUCAUACCUUUGGCAUCGUCGUUUCGGGCAUCUUAACAUGCGGGACCUGUCACCACUUCAUAGGCAGCAGCUGGUCACCGGUCUUAACCUCUCCUCCUCCUCGAUUCCCCAAUGCAUCUCAACCUCCAUCGUCAUCUCCACCACCCAUAUCAUCAUCUCCGCCUCCUCCCCCACCCCCUUCCCUCUCAGCCCCAACCUCCCCUCCCUCUCCUUCACCACCCAUGCCCUCUUCCACCACCCUCCUCCCACCAUCUCCAACUCUGCCCACACCAGCCACCUCUUCUCCUCCUCCUUUGUUUUCCAACCUUCCUCUGCCCUCGACGCCGCAAGACUUCCGCCUUCCAUCCCUCUCCUCUCCUUCAGCUCGUCCUCCUCCUUGCACCUCUAG